CAAAGGCUGUCCACACUCGCCGCACGGCCUCGGCGAGCAAAGGCGGAGGCUACAGUAGUUCUGAAGGCAUGUACCGGGCCGAGCUGCGGCGGGUGGACGAGGCGGUCGGCGGGCAGUUGCCUGCGCUGGUUCUGCCGCCCGGGCGGUUUGUACUCGGCCGCGGGCCGCAGUCUGGCAUUGCCGACCGCACCGUCUCACGCAAGCAGGCGACGCUCGACUUUGAUGCCAUCGGAGGGCGGCUGGUGGUAACACUCAACGGGCGCAACGCAGGGCGUGUGUUCCGCGGCUACGUACAGAGCAGCAGCAGCUCCUCGCGAACCUCGGGCGUGGCGCUGGCCGGCAGUGGAGGGACGGCCGAGCUUGCUUCGGGCGACGCAUUUGCCCUCGUCGGCAGUAGCUUUGUCUUUGAGGUCUCCAUAGUCGAGCCCUGGUCCCAAGAGGCGGGUGCCAGCGAGGCUCCAGGCUCUGCCAAGCGAGAGCGAAAGCAAGAGGGCGAGAGUGAGGAGCGGGGCAGAGCAACCAAGAUGCAGAGGGCGCUUGACGGGCGGCGCAUUGUGGCAUCGUCGCAGAACUCGGACGUGGAGCGGGCGAUGCUGACUGAUGCUGUGACGCAGACAAUGGCGCCGGUCGAGGAUGUGUCGCCGUCGCUACCGCCAACGCUGGCACCAGCUGCGCCGCAGUCCGAGGACAUCGUGCGGGAGAGGCCGCCGGCUCCGUCGCCGCAGGCCGACACGUCCAGCGGCGCGGCAGCGAACAAGUCGGCCGAGUUGGCCGAGCCGGCCGAGCCGAGCGUUUCCGAGGGCCAUGUUGAAGCAAGUCCUGUUCUUUCGGCCGCACCGGCGCGGACACGACGAAUCGAUGGCAUUGCGCCACAAAUACUGAGCUCGCCGUCGCGGUCGGGCAAGUUUGACGACGACGACUGCGGCGGCGAGUGCCGGGUGGCGCGAUGCCUUGUGAUGCCGCUGUUGGCAACUGAGGAGUGCGCGUUUGGGUAUGACCCAGAACGCUCAGCAUCGGUGGCUGGAACUGAGCUUGCACGAGCACGCGAACGAAUUUCGGCUGUCCGCGGUGAGGUGGUCUUCGCCGGUGACGCCAGCACGAGCGAGGCAGCGCGAGCUGCGUUUGCCAGAGUAUGCUCGGAAGAUGCGCACGGUGUGGCGAGGCUGGAGAUCGACGUCGAUGCUGAACUCCCCGGGGAACCGUGGGUGAGCCUCGGUGCGACGAUGGUGUUUGAGAGCAACUGGCGGUUCAAGGCGUCGCAGGCCUCAGGCGGGCUCAACGCGCGGGUUCACGCGCUGUGUGGGCCUCUACUUGCGCGCACGCUCAAACAAGUGCACAAAGCUGGCGAUGUCGGCCGGGCGUAUGCGGUCCAGCUGGACGAGUCCAGCCUAGGCGGGCGGCUUGGUCAGGUAUCGCGCCUCAUCGCUGUCGUCCCGCCGAACAUGAACCCAAACAAGAAGUUUGACGCCUCGCUGGACGGCGACUAUGCUGCAGGUGAUGCCAAGCUCAGCCUUGCUUACCGCAACGUGCUGGAUCUGUGGCUUGCCCAGCUGGAAGAGACGGCGAGCACGACCGCGCCGCCGCCGUCGGUGGCGAUCGAUAUGGCAGGCGCGGUGCCUGUACUGACGGCAGCACCGGUUCCCACCCGGAAAAGUGGCAGGCCGGCCACAACAGGGUGGAAGAACGCGCUGCGGGCCAUUGUGGCGCGGCCAUACGAUCAUCCGGACGCAGUGGUUGCGGUCGACGAGGAAGUGGUCAUCAUCCGCGACAAGUAUCCCAAGGCGCAGCACCACUACCUGGUGCUUCCGCGGUCGUCGCUCGGGCAAGGCACGCUGGCGCUGCUGGACGGCGCCGCCGCCGAGUCGCUAGCGCUAGUCAAGACGCUUGUGAGGCGCGGCAAGGCCUUUGCAGCUGGCGAGCUGUCGGGCUCAAGCAAGUUUGGCCUCCCGCCGGAGAGCUCGUUUGCCUUUGGCUUCCACGCCAUCCCCUCGAUGAACGUCGUGCAUCUUCACGUCAUCUCGAGAGAUUACGACUCGGUGAGCCUCAAGAACAAGAAGCACUGGAACUCGUUCACCAGCCGGUUCUUUGUUCCAGCCAGCGACAUGGUGGCGCGGUUCGAGGCCGGUCUUGGCUGGAGGCUGUCGGAGAGCGAGAAGGCCGAGUACCGGGCCCUGCUGAAGGCGCCGCUCGCCUGCCAUCUAUGUGGCCAGGAGAGUCGGAACAUGCCGCAGCUCAAGGCGCACAUCCGGGCAUGUGGAGCUCGCGGCGUGUAGCCGUGGCCGCAUCCGGCGGCACCAUCGGUGCGGUGGGAGAAUUUGAGUGCGCUUUCAGCAACAAAUCGUUAAUACUUUCGCG